UCGUUGCGUGAUCACGCAGAACAAAUAUGUAACUUAUAGUUUACAGUAAACGAAUUGUUAUUAAAAUAAUGUGUGAAGUCAUUAAAUCUAACUUUGAAAGUUAUUUGCCAUCAAUCACAGAUGUUGUCAAGAAAGCUGAAUUUGUUGCUAUUGACACUGAAUUUACUGGUCUGCAGUUAAAUGAACAAAAUAAGCCCAGUUUGUUUGAUGGAAGUGAGGAGCGGUAUAGGAAACUGAAGAACUGUGUUUCACAAUUCCUUGUUUGCCAAAUAGGUAUUUCUGCUUUUGUGAAAGAAGCUGAUAACAAGUAUUUGGCAUACACAUUCAACUUCCCAUUGUUUCCUACAUCAUUUGGUCCUGUGGAUGUCAGGUUUCAAUGUCAGGCAUCAAGCCUUAAAUUUUUGUGUCAGUUCAAAUUUGAUUUUCAAAAGUUUAUUUAUGAGGGUGUUUCAUACAUGAAUGAAUCACAGGAACAUAUUGUUCGAGAGCAUAUGAGUUCCAAUGCCAUGUUUCUUGGACUUGAAAGGGAUGCAGAUGAACAUUAUCUGCAAAAAAUAUGUUCUCAGGUUGCAGAAUGGUUUGUGUCAAGCAAAAUGGGCGACACUUUGACUGUUCACUGUGAUAAAGGAUGUCAGACUGGUGAUGACUAUGUUGUGCACUCAGAGAUCAGAAAUCGGUUUCCUUCAGUUUGGACGGUCACUGAUCCAUUUGGAAAGAUUGUUGUUGAACGAAUCAGUGCUGAGAAACGCAAAACGAUGGAAGAGGAAAGUCGAGAAUCUCAGCGACAACAAGAGGAACAGUUAAUCAACACCAUGUUAGGUUUUACUCGAGUCUUCCGGCUUCUUAUAGAACUUAAGAAGAUUCUUGUAGGUCACAACAUGUUGAUGGAUCUUAUGUUUAUGCACGAAAAGUUUUUCAAGCCAUUGCCAGAAAAGUAUUGUGAUUUCAAGAGGAAUAUACAUGAAAUGUUUCCAAUAGUAUUUGACACAAAGCACUUCUGCACUCAGUUGAAAAAGCCAUUUGAACAGAGCAAACUCCUGGAAUCGACAUCCCUGGGUGAUUUAUAUCUUGCACUGGACAGUUCCAAAGGCAAACUGCAUAUUUUGUGUCAGCCAGACAUCAUCCACGCUCCUGGUUUCCAAAGAUACAAUGGCGUGCACUCACCCCAUGAAGCUGGAUAUGAUGCCUAUCAAUGUGGAUAUGUUUUCCUUCGGAUUGCUCAUAUGGUUACAUUUAAGGACACAAAAUCUAUGAAUGUCACUCCCUGCUCAUUUGAUGUGUACCUGAAGAACACUACAAAGUUUCAAAAUAGUGUGAACAUCAUAAGGGCCAUGAUCAACUACAUUAAUUUAGAUAAAGAAGAUCCACCUAGUAAAAGGCCGCAGCUUCUGUUUGUGACAACCCGCAAGUACGGUCAGUCUCUCAAAACAGAACAGCUAGGUUGCUGGUUCUCCAAAUAUGGGACUGUUGACAUUCGUCUUCAAGGCAGACAGAAAGCACUGGUUGCCACUGGCAAUUUUUCUUGUGCGAAGGACAUUUUGAGAUCUUUCCGGCAUCAUGAAGUAAUCCGAGUGACCUAUUAUAAUAUCUGGAAACACUCUACCUUAAUCCGUGGCCUUAUGUGGACAGGAGUAGCUGCGUCUGGUGGUCUCUGUCUGUGGGUGUUGCUGUCCAGCAGCAAAAACAGUUGACACGCCUCACGUCCAGAGUCCAUCCACUGAUGUGCAAUGUCUAGUAAUGAACAUGCCGUGCAAUUCAUUUCUGCUUGUGGAAGAUGAAGUUGUAUUUGUAUGAUUUACACAGGAGACUUAAAAAAAAAUAAAAAAAUUAUACUGUAACCUGAUAUCUCAAUUGUGAUGCAUUUCUCCUUUUCCAAUGGACUGGUCCAAACUGCCCAAACAGCCACUUAUUGGUUAGAAUUUCCAUGGUGUCAUGAGAAUUCUGUUUUUUAUUAACUUGUAAAAAUAUAGAGGUUAUUAUCAGCUAUCAUUUUAUAUACAUUGUUGUCAUAACUUGAUGAAGAGAGAUGACAAGAUAAAGAUAUUACCUUUUGGUGGCAACAGCACCAGCUUCAGCAUUUAGCUCUGUGAUAAGUUUUCACAUUUUGUUUUAUUUUUUCGUCCCAGAUCAACACAUUUUGGGGUUCUUAUUUGCACACUGAUGUUCAUCUUAGUGCAUGUAUACUAAGGUGUCGCAUACAUUUAUUAUUAUUUCACACCAAUUCACAUAUAAUUCAGCUUAAUUUUUGUUACAUUUUCAUGAGAUAACUAACAAUCAGUUAAUACAAUUGGUUCAUCCUUCAGGAAAUAAUUGUUUAUGAGCAUUUGCAGAGCCGGUUUAAGGAUCCGCGGGUCCUGUAGCACAGCGGGGCCUCCUUCCCAGGAUAUAUAUUUUACAAGCACCCUCAGGGAGAGAGGAAAAGUGACCUGGGGAAAAUAAAUGUACACAUCAGCACGCAUCCACCCCUGAAGAAUGAGGCUCGUAGCACGUGCUACAUGUGUUACUAGGAUAAAUCGGCUUUGAGCAUUUGUUCAUUAGCAGUGUGAAUGAAGUAUAGUGCUAUUAUAAUUAAUAAUGCUAUUAAUAGUUAAUUAUCCUAUAAUUUAUGCAUAAUAUCCAUGUUAUAAACCCAUUUAAUAUUUUGGCGAAUAAACCCAGUAAUUUUCUUAAUUUUUAAUUUUUUUUUUGUCAGUAGGUCAUUUGGUUACAAGCCAAUAAGACCUAUACUGUCUUAAUAAUUGACAUCAAAGUACAUUUGUGCCAAUGUUGAUGAUGUCAUUACUAAUUAUGAUGGUGACUUUAGAAAUGUGAUUGACUAAAUAUUAAAUUAAAAUGUUCUUUUAGAAGUGUUAUAGGAUAAGUAGAAUUAGCUCUUUGUGUUUUUUAAUAUUUAAAAUAUCAACUUUGUCUAGUUUAUCCUACAGAGCCUUGACAAAUACCAAUUAACAUAGACUUUGUUGAUAUUUUCAAUAUUUAAAAACACUUAUGAUGAAUUCACUUAUAGUUAAUUCAAUAUGGCAAAGAAAUUAUGUUCUCAUUAAUCCUGCAUGAAAGAAUAUGUUGCCAGAAAUAACACUUCACUAGUAUUGUUGUAUUAAAAAUACAUAACUUUUCACAAUUAUUUUGAGUUUAUGAAAAAAGUGCAAAUAUAUUGUGCAUACAAAUGAGAGAACUUUUUAUGAGCAUACAGGUAUUUUGAUUAUCAUUUUAUAUAUCUUUUAUACACCAACUGUAAAAUAUUUUAUUUUGUUGUACGACAAGCAUACAUCUUGUAAUCUUGAAGUAUGUUGUCAUUUCAUAAUAUUAAUUCAUCUUUUCUGUCAAAUGUGAUUUACAGUAUUUGUUCUUUCACAAAGUCCUGCUUGUGUAACAAGCAUAAUAUGACUUUUUUAUGAUAUACUGUAACUUUCAUAAAUUUAUAUUUUUGAAAAGCUUAUAUAAUUCACAAUUACAAACAAAUAUAAAUCUGAAUGUCACAGAGUAAAUAAAAUUAAUUUCGUCUAGUUUAUAAAAGAUAAUAACUUACUGAACUUCUUGUUCACAACCGUGAAGCUUAAAUUUUAAAGACAUGUACGCCAAAGUGUGAAUGAAUGAAUGAAUGAAUGUUUAACACACCCCAGCACAUAAAAUACAUCGGCUAUUUGGUGUUAAACUACGGUAAAUCCAAAAAUCAAGUGAUGAACAUCAUCAAUAUAAAAAUUCAAGAGGUAGAUUAAAAGACAGCAUAAAGAACUGUACAUCAAAGUGUGUUCAGAUCACAUACUAAUCAUAUGAUGUGCAGCUAUUUUGUUCUUUCUGUGAAGGUUGGUGAUUUUCCCAAACUUGAAAAAAUUAAAUUGUUUAUAAAAAUGGAAAAUUGAUGAAUAUAUAAAAACAUAAUUUUUACUGGCUUACCUUAUUUGGAUAUUUCUCAAGACAAAUGUGACAGUCGAUUGAGAUGUACUGAGAAGUAAUUGGGACAACUUGACCUUUGACACAUUAACAGAUAGAUCAAAUAAACACAUUCAAAAGAGA